AUGUUCUCCAUGGCGUUGUUUUCCAAUAUUUCUUUCUCAUCCCCCAAUGCUCCCAUUGCUAGUAACAAAGUUUCACUAUUUCACAAUUCUAACCUUGUUGGCCCUGCUUCGUUGCCUAUGAUUCCUGGAUGUUCCGUCGUUCAAGUUCACAGAAUUGUUUCUACACCCUUUGAACACUUUGAUUAUCGAAGUGGACACGCUGCCCUUCGCUUUCGACUACUUAGACAACAAGGUUACUUUGUCCCAGUAGGAGUGUUUGACAAGUUCAAGGACAGGGAGGGCAGUUUCAGAAAUGAACUACGCAGGGACAUCAAAGGAUUGAUGGAACUGUAUGAAGCUUCACAACUAGGCGUAGAGGGAGAAGAUAUUCUUGAUAGAGCCAAAGAAUUCAGUUCCCAGGCCUUGAAAACAUGGCAAAGUAGAGAACUGGACCAGUUCUCUGGAAGAGUUAUAAAAACUACGCUGGACCAACCUUAUCAUAAAAGCCUAUCAAGAUUCACAGCCAGAAACUUGCUAACCAAUGUCCAAGGUACAAAUGGUUGGAUAAAUGUCCUCCAAGAACUAGCUAAAAUGGAUUUCAAUAUAGUCCAAUCUUUACAUCAGAAAGAAGUCGUUUGCAUUUCCAAUUGGUGGAAGGACCUGGGUUUAGCCAAGAAGUUGGAGUUUGCAAGAGACCAACCACUGAAAUGGUACAUUUGGUCCAUGGCUUCCCUGAUUGAUCCAAACUUGUCAGAGCAACGGAUUGAUCUGACAAAACCCAUUUCCUUAAUCUACAUCGUCGAUGAUAUUUUCGAUGUUUAUGGGACACUCGAUGAACUCACUCUCUUCACGCAAGCUGUCGAUAGAUGGGAUUACGCUUCUACUGAUCGAUUACCAGAUUACAUGAAAAUUUGCUUCAAAGCUCUUGAUGAUAUCACUGAUGAAAUUAGCCACAAGGUGUACAAGGAGCACGGGUGGAACCCUGUCAUUUCCUUAAGGAAGGCGUGGGCCACUUUGUGCAGAGCAUUUUUGGUAGAAGCACGAUGGUUUGCUUCAGGGAAGUUGCCAAAGGCGAAGGAGUACUUGGAGAAUGGGAUCACUAGCUCAGGAGUUCAUACAGUCCUGGUUCACAUCUUCUUCCUCCUUGGCCAAGGCUUAAAUAAUCAGAAUGUGGAACUCAUUGACAGCAAUCCUGGCAUGAUAUCAUCCACUGCAACAAUCCUUCGACUCUGGGAUGACUUGGGAAGUGCCAAGGAUGAGAAUCAGGAUGGGAACGAUGGAUCCUAUAUUGAGUGCUACAUGAAGGAGAACCAAGGCGUUGAGGUUGAAAGUGCUCGGAAACAUGUUACCAAUAUGAUAUCUAACGCUUGGAAGCGCCUCAACCGCGAAUGCCUCUCUCGAAAUCCAUUUUCGUUGCCUUUCGCCAGGGCUUCUCAAAACAUUGCGAGAAUGGUCCCUCUGAUGUACAGUUACGAUGAAAACCAAUGCCUUCCAAGCCUGGAGGAGUACAUGAAGUCCCUGCUCUAUAAAAGUGUACCCAUGAAAGACACGAUGUCUGCCUAACAACUCUACCAUGUCACAUAUACAUAAACCAACGUUUUGUGUGGAUGAAGAUUAAUUUCAAGUUGAGAAAUUUUAUGCAAAAAUUAUUUGUAACUUCUAAAAAGGUAAAACUUUUUAUAAGUUUAGCUAUAUGUUACCAAUUCCAGUUGUAAACAUUGUUUGUGGAACGCAUAUAUACAUCAGAUUAUAAAUGUUGUUGGAGCAAUCAA